GAGCGAUAAAGCCAGGCGGCUCCUCUCCCCGCUGUUUCAUCCAAAGGACACUGGUUGAUUUCUGGUCCGUGGCUCCUGUUUCCAGAGUCUCCUGUGAGUGAUGCUUCUUUUCUCUGUGGUUGUGAUCCUGCUGCAAACGGACAGCACCUGCUGUGGCCUCCCUUUCUACAACGGCUUUUACUAUGAUCAUGUCAUGAAUGACAAAGGAAAUGGAAACGGGGAAAUUCACUUCAAUGGCGUAAAGCUGGUGGUAGAAACUCCGGGUGACCCCAUCUUCACCCACCGCGGUGCCAACAUCACGCUGUCCUGCCACUACCACUAUGACCCGCAACUAGACAAGCCCCGUAAGAUCCGCAUCAAGUGGUCCAAGCUGCGGGAAGACAGCACCAAAGACCAGGACGUACUGGUGGCUGUCGGCUUGAAGCACCGAAGCUUUGGCGAGUUCCGCGGGCGCGCACACCUGCAGCAAGACGGCCCUGGGGACGUGUCCCUGGUGAUCCGCGACCUGCGCUUGCACGAUCAUGGCAGGUACCGCUGCGAGGUCAUCGACGGGCUGGAAGACGAGAGUGGAAUUGUAGAUCUCGAAAUGCGAGGGAUAGUUUUCCCUUACCAGCCUCACCACGGUCGCUACAAGCUCAAUUUCCACGAGGCCAAGAAAACAUGCGAGGAGCAGGAUGCCGUGAUUGCCUCCUUUGAGCAGCUCUUCAAGUCAUGGGAGGAAGGCCUGGACUGGUGUAAUGCAGGCUGGCUGGCUGACGGCACGGUCCAGUACCCCAUCACUCUCUCCCGGGAGCCCUGUGGUGGAAAGGCUAUGGCCCCUGGCAUCCGGAGCUACGGAGACCGCCACAAGAACCUGCAUCGCUUCGACGUCUUCUGUUUCUCCUCCGCUCUGAAAGGGAAGGUUUACUACCUGGCUCACCCACAGAAGCUUACCCUGGAAGAAGCUAAGCAGGCGUGCCAAGACGACGAGGCCGAGAUUGCAAAAGUGGGCCAGCUGUACUCGGAAUGGCAGUUCCGUAAGCUGGACCGUUGCGAUGCUGGCUGGCUGGCUGACGGCAGCGUGCGGUAUCCCAUUGCCUCUCCCCGGCCCAAAUGCGGCCCACCGGAACCAGGGGUCAGAACCUUUGGCUUUCCCAAACAUGGGAAGUUUGGAGUCUACUGUUACAAGAGGAGCUAAAGGAAGGGCAGCCAUGGGCGAGGGGAGCUCCCUCGAAAAGAGGACUUGGGCCAAGUGGUGCCCCCUAGGGUUACUUAUUUAAAGGGCCAGUCUCCAGGGGGCAUUUUUAGUGGUGUGUUUGUUUUAAAACGUUGUCUUUUUUUUCUGUCUGUUUUUGCAUUUUUGUAAUGAAAGGGAAAAACGACACUCCUGCAGCAGGGCAUUGCAGCUGUCUUAGUGUUGACCCCGAGGCUGUCCAGCUUUGAUGACCAUGGAAUUCUGUGGAAGGGAGAAACCGGAGAUAAUUUUUUGGGGUCCGGUCAUUGAGUUUAUCUACUUCUGAAGGGUCAGGCUGAUUUUUUUUUUAAAAAAGAAAUGUAGGUAUGGCUAGAUAGAUCCUGUAGCAGACAGGCCUUGGUAAAAGAUUCCUGGUUCCAGUGGCCUCAGUCAGUGGAUAAGAUUUCCUCAGUCCACGAGCUCUUGGCCGGGUUCUCUGCAGUAGCUGAGUGGCAAUAAUAUCUGAUUUUAAAUAAUCAGGACGUAGCCUUCUUUGCCUCUAGGCUAUUUCUUAAGAAUCUCAGGGUGAAGAUGGAUACAACAAUUUAAGGCCGUUGGAGGCUGUUUUGUUUUUAACAAUGCUGCUGCUCUGGAAACCCUACGUAUGUGACCCUCUCACAAAACUGCAGGUUUUCAGCAUGAGCUGUGGAAAAGCUAAUUCUCCCAGCUGUGUUAUAUCUGUGUGCCUAUGGGCUAGUGCUUGUGACGUCACCAACCGUACUUCUUCUCCCAAUCCCCAUAGCAGUUUGAAAGAUGUUUAGUUUUUGUCUGUGUGUAAAGUGAAGGAUGAAUACAUAUAUACAUCACUCUAAAUAUGGCCUCUCAUGUUUGGUUGAGCAAUUCAGAUAUCCUGCCCAAUGCACAAGGAGUGAAGCAAGAUUGAAAGGAGUGACUUUUUCAUUUAUCUGACAUUGGUUUGCUGGUGGAAAUGUUUGUGCUAGCAGGUGGGAACCCCCCUGUGUCUGCUGGCACAAUACUGUGCCUUGUCUCUGUUCCCUGUUUGACAGCUAACCAGUGGAUAGUAUUUGCAAUGACUGUAAGUAAAUUAAAAUCUAAGUACGUUUUUAAUCGGAGAGAAGCAGAUGUACAUGAUCAUAUCAGUAGUAAAGGGUGUGGGUCUGGGUUCGAGUCUUCCAGUUCUGUGGUGCUGUUUUCUUUUCAUGGUGUGGAACAAAAUUCCAGUCCCCUGCCAGGUUGCUGGCAAUGGAGCCCAGUGGUGUGUUGAAAGGAUCAAUCAGGGGUUUUCAUGAGCCCGUUCUGUGCCACUUCAGACGGCAGGUUGGGGACUGCAUGUUUGUUUGUUUCCCAACAAUAAAAAGAAAGUGCUUUCUUUUUCUUUUAAGAAAUGCAAGUCAAGAUUCUCAAAUAUACAUGCACAGUGUUGUGUUCUGAGCAUGCCAUCUUCGUUGCACACAGAAUUAAUAUAGGCCUGUUUGGAAGCAGCCACUUCCAAGCUGCUGUAAGGCGCUAUUCUACUACUGUUAAAGAAAACUCUUCGGUUUUCAUACUAGUGUGAUAUUCUGUGUGCUCCAAAACAUGUGUUCCAUGUGCAUUCCAAAAUUUGACACCCGUGUCUUGGUUUUUCUGUCAAAAGUGUGUGUGUGUGUGUGGGGGGGGGUGUUCUUGGAUGUCUUCAAAAUAAAAAACU